CUGCAGGGUUUUAACGGCACCAUCUUCGCUUACGGUCAAACCGGAACCGGGAAAACCUACACCAUGCAGGGAGCUUGGGCGGAGCCGGAGAGACGGGGCAUCAUCCCCAUCUCCUUCGAGCACAUCUUCACCCACAUCUCCCGCUCCCACAACCAGCAGUACCUGGUCAGGUUUUUUUAGAUCUACCAAGAGGAGAUCAGGGAUCUUCUGGCCAAGGAUCAAAACAAGAAGCUGGAGCUGAAGGAGAACCCCGAGACCGGGGUGUACAUCAAGGACCUCUCCUCCUUCGUCACCAAGAACGUCAAGGAGAUUGAGCACGUGAUGAACCUGGGGAGCCAGACGAGGUCGGUGGGCAGCACCAACAUGAACGAGCACAGCUCCCGCUCUCACGCCAUCUUCCUCAUCACCGUGGAGUGCAGCGAGACGGGGCCGGAUGGUGAGGAGCACAUCCGCGUGGGGAAACUCAACCUGGUGGACCUGGCCGGUAGCGAACGCCAAAGCAAAAUGGGGGGGACCCAUGGAGAGCGUCCCAAGGAAGCUUCCAAGAUCAACCUCUCCCCCCCCGCCCGGGGCAACGUCAUCUCCGCCCUCGUAGAUGGCAAGAGCACCCACAUCCCCUACCGGGACUCCAAGCUGACCCGCCUGCUCCAGGACUCCCUUGGUGGCAACGCCAAGACAAUCAUGGUGGCCACCUUGGGCCCGGCCUCUCACAGCUACGACGAGAGCCUCUCCACCCUCAGGUUUGCCAACAGAGCCAAGAACAUCAAGAACAAGCCCCGGGUGAACGAGGACCCCAAGGACACCUUGCUGAGGGAGUUCCAGGAGGAGAUUGUCCGGCUGAAAGCCCAGCUGGAGAAACGUGGCAUGCUGGGGAAGAAGAGGAGAAGGAGCAGCAGGAGGAAGAAAACGGUGGAUGGAGAAAGCGCCACGGAGAAUGAAGGGGAGGAUGACAAUGAGGAUGGCCUGGAGAAGAACAUGGAGAAUUACUUGAAGGAGCAGAAGGAGAGGCUGGAAGAGGAGAAAGCUGCUAUCCAGGAUGACCACAGCCUGGUGAGUGAGGAGAAACAGAAGCUGCUGCAGGAGAAGGAGAAGAUGAUAGAGGAUCUACGGAAAGAGCAGGAGGCCACGGAGCUGCUGGCCACCAAGUACAAG